AUUCAGUAGCAUUUGAAAGCAAAGAAAAAAAAUAUGAAGUCCCAGCAUUUUAUUCUUCUUGCCCUUAUUGCUCUUUUUGUGUUUUCAUCUGUUUUCGCAGAUGAGCAUCAAAAUGAAAUAAAAGGUGAGGAGCCGAAAGAGAUCAACCAAGGCGGCAGAGGCGGCGGCGGUGGUUAUUGCCGCAGCAGGUACUGCUGCGGCGGAUUUGGCCGAUAUGGCUGCAACCGUUACUGCUGCCGCUCGUCCGAAAAUGGCAAGGAUGAAAUCAAGCCGGAAGGUGGAGGCGGUGGUGGGCCCGGCGGAGGUUAUGGUGGUGGGCCCGGCGGAGGUUAUGGUGGUGGAGGAUAUGGUGGCGGCGGAAAAGGCGGUGGAGGUUAUGGCGGUGGAGGUUAUGGUGGUGGAGGCAAAGGUGGCGGAGGAUAUGGUGGCGGGGGAUAUGGUGGUGGAGGCAAAGGCGGUGGAGGAUACGGUGGUGGAGGAUACGGCGGCGGCGGCAAAGGUGGCGGAGGAUAUGGUGGUGGCGGCGGAAAAGGCUGGGGACCCGAAGCAACAAAUAAUUAA